UGUACGGAAGUAGCAUGCAUCCAUUGUGGGUGUAACAGGUGAUGAUAGUCAAGGCAUGUCUGCGAUCAUUUCUGCGUUGGUGUAGUUUACAGAAAAAGCCUUAUUUUUGUAUUGCCACAUCGCUACCGAUAACUGUGACAACUCUGCAGCCAGUACACUUGUUUACAGAUUUAUUUUCGCCCAUAACUUCGAAGAUAAAAUGGAGAAGGACUCCACCGGUGCUGCAGCAGAGACCGAGCCGGCUUCGCCUUCGAGGAAAAAUAUUAAUGAAGACACCUGCGCAGCUGAUUCCCACACCUCCCGGGCUGGGACUUGUGGUGCUACUGAUGUCGCCCGAGCCAGGUGGACUCUACUAAGACAGGUGUUGCGUCAGAAGCAGGUGGACAGUCCAGAGGUCAAACAGGCAUCCGUUCGCAGGUUCGCCACGUUUGACCUUUUCAGCAGGAUGAGGCUUGUGACACAAGACUCUAGUGAUACCUCAGAUGACCAGUGGGUGGAGUACAGAAGUGUCUACUUUCCAGAGUACAGUGCCUUACUCAGGGAUAGCCUGGGGCCUCUUAGAGUUAAUGAAGUGCUCAACAGUUUUGACAACACUGGUAAUGUUUAUCCAUCUAUAACGAAGGUCAUGGGUCGUUGUUUACCAGCCAGGUGGCUCCACAAGAGUCAGGGUCGGAGAUGAAGGCCAUGGCUAGAGGCUACUUCACUGCACACUGGGAUCAGACUAUAUAAGUCAUGACAGAGCUCAGUGGUAGCUCUCAUUCCAACCUGCUAGAAUGGAUAAUCCCCUUUCUCUACAAGGAGACAAUAGGAUCAAUACUUUUUUCUUUCGAGAGAGCUAAAGAAGAGGUCGUCCUGUUUUUGCCUUGUGGCAUUCCAGCAGCUUCCACUGCUCUUUGUGUUUUGCAGAUGCUUAAUUCUCUUUGUUCUUCUGUCUUUCUCUUCCUCCUUCACUAUAAAGCACUAACUUGUGUAAAUAGAUCCUCCCUCAUUUCUCUUCCCUUACAAUACCCCCCC